AUGCAGAUCUCUGUUCGUCCCCUAUUCAAAUGUUCAACUGUGGAAUACCUCAAAUCCGUUGCUCACGACGAGAAGGUCAGGAUAAUAGCUGACUUCUGCCGGAAAAUAGCUCUCGCUGUAGCUUACAAGGAAUCGGAUAUCCGCCGUGUGACGGCAGUCGUGCUUGGGCCCCCAGAGACACCUUACCAGUUCGGUCUAUUUGAGGCUUAUUAUCCUGCCGCUCCCCCUAGCGUUCAAGCUCUUACAACCAAUGGAGGAAAGUGUCGCUUCGGGCCAAACAUUUAUGCUGGAGGCAAGGUUUGCCUAACUUGGGGUUGCGAGCCAGGAGAGGAAUGGUCAUCUGCCCAAGGAUUGGAGUCGGUUUUGAUCUCUAUCCAAAGCCUCAUGUCGAGCAAUCCAUAUGAAAACGAGCCAGGAUAUCAAGGGAUGAACGCUCCGGGUGACAAAGAACACAGCAAAGCUUAUGUUAGCAAGAUUCGCCAUGAAACAAUCCGCAUUGCAGUACUUCUCCCAUUGGAAGCAUCAUUGGGCAUCCAGACAGAUGGCACGGUGAAACCGCCGGAGACAAAGGGAGACGGAGAUGAUGAAUACACUGACCUAUUCGACGAAGAGGAUGACACGUUCUUUGAGCCUUUUGUGGAUCUUCGGAAGCGACGGCUCCUCUGGUAUUUUGACUCCUACAUGCGGACAAUCGACGAAGAAGAGCCACGAGUCCGGCGCCGUCAAGGAUUUGAGAUGAUGCCAUUUGAGAGUGAGGAUAACCGCAUGAAGGGGCACUUCAACUACCCCGAAUUGAGGCGUCGGCUUAUCCGCGUGAGAAAGGCUAUCAUCGAUGAGACUCACAGUUGGCCAGCAGAAGGCCUUGUGUCGAAGGGACAAGAAUCCAGUCUUGCAUUCAGCUUACAAAGCCAGUAUGAUCAGAUUGUUGAAGAUCUCAAGAGCCGCCAGAAUUUCGCAGUUGACCUGAGCCUCGGCGACAAAAACCCUUUUCUCUGGGAAUUAACUUACUUUGGCCGGCCCAUGACCCAGCUCGAUGGUGGAAUCUUCAAGAUGAAGAUCUACCUUAAUCCACGAUUUCCAGACGAGCAGCCCCGUGUCUUCUUGGAAACACCGCUUUUCCACUAUCGGGUUUCGAAGGAUGGAGUGUUGUGCUAUUUUCCUCAGCGCCCAGAGGAGAUGCACUCUCAUAUCGAAGCGAUCAUGGCGAUAUUCGAAGAAGAGGCUCCGCCCUAUGAUCCCCGGACAACUGUGAAUCUUGAGGCAUCCAAGCUGUUCUGGGGUAGUCCCGAGGACCGAAAGAAAUACAACCGUGCGCUUCGCCGGUCCGUGGAGAAGAGUGUUGAGUAA